AUGGAGAGAAAGCCAGUAGGAAAGAAGCUGGGAAAAUCCGCCAUCUUCUUCGGAGCAGAAAGCAGAACGAGCUGGAAGCACAGAACAUUCAUUCUCAGGAGGAGGUCGCCUGCACGAGAAGGUGGUCUGGGUUCUGGUCCUCAUACUUUCAUGGUGGGCCCAGAAGAUGAAGGAAUAAGGCUGAAGUGCACAGGCAAGGGAUGGUUUCCCCAGCCAGAGGUACAAUGGAAAGAUGCAAGAGGAGAGAUCCCAUCUCUCUCUGAGGAUGAGACACAAGACGAUGAUGGGUUGUUUCAGAUUGAGGCUUCCAUCAUUGUGAGAGACAGCUCACAGUCAGAAGUGUCCUGUUCCAUGAAGAACCCCUUCUUUGGACAAGAGCAAGUAGAAACCAUUUUCAUUCCAGAACCCUUCUUCCCUAGGACCUCUCCUUGGAAGGUACCAUUCCUUGUGACUUUCCUGAUUCUUGGGAUUUUCGUUGGUGCUGUUGUGUAUUUGGCUUGGAAAGAACAACAGGAAAGGAAGAAAUUAUCCAAAGCCCAGAAGGAAAAGGAGGAGGAAAUGAAUGCCAAAGUAUCCUUUGAGAAAGAGCUUGCCAGAAGGAAGGAAUUAUAUCAGCAAGACUGGAGAAAAGCAGAGAUAUAUGCUGACUGGAGAAAGGAACAGUUCAAAGCAAUGGCUGUUACUCUGGAUCCAACAGCUCAUCGCAACCUCAGCUUAUCUGAAAACGGAAAGUCUUUCACAGAGAAUGUUCCUCCGAAUGGUGACACCCCAGCACUCCAAGACCAAGGGGCGUCUGAAGACAUCCUCAAUGUUCUGGGCCAGGAAUACCCUUCUGCAGGGAGACAUUACUGGGAGGUAGAAGCAAAGGCAAAGACAGACGAUGGAUCCGGAACGAAGUGGGCUCUGGGUGUUUGCUCCAAAACAGCAUUGAGAAAGGGGUGGUUUGUGGAAAGUCCAGAGAAGAAAUUCUGGGUGGUGAUGUACAAAGAAGGAAAAGUCAGUGUUCCCGCCUCCCACAAAGAGUCGCUGUCACUGAGGCAGCUGCCCCGCAGGAUAGGCAUUUUCCUGGACUGGGAUGCUAGGCAAGUGUCUUUUUACAACAUGAUUGACGGGUCCCACAUCCAUUCUUUUACCGGAAUCCCCAUCCAUGAGCCUCUCUAUCCUUAUUUUAGCCUUCGGGGUGCUGGCACAUCGUUGACCAUCUGCUUAGAUUCAGAUCACACUGAAACUCGUCCUGAUUCGUCUCCAAAGCCCUUGGUAACCCACUCAAAUCGUGAUCUAAGUGUCCCCCAAGAAGCUCUCUAUUACCUCCUUGAGCAGCGAGUCGGCGCCCCUGCUGCCUCUGCAGGAGCUUCUUAUGGGUGUGUCCACCAAGAAAGCUGUCCUUGA